UUCGCAUAUAUCAAAAGGACCAAGCUAACGACGGACUGGAUUAUUUUUUUGUAUUAGUUUAAGAAAAAAAUAACAUUUCAUACAUAUAACAAGAGGUUUCCAAGGCCGAAGGACAAGCCAGACCCGUUAAAAAGUGGAAAGAAAUCAAGUACAUUAUAAGUAGACACUAUGGUUUCGAACGCUUCUUUCGAGGAGCUUAUAGAGGAGUUGACGAGUCUCGUGAACCAGCAGAAUCCGACAGAUCUCCUUCAACUUUGCUUUGAUUUCUUCAGUAACAAACUGAAAAAUAAACGUAGAGAAAUGCUUCAUAUGGACGAUACAAUGAGCGACGACUUUAGCGGGGAAGCUUUAGAAAAUGAAUAUUUAUCAGGCUUGCACGAAUUGCCCAGAGGGCCUGAGGCAGUUGGUCCUGAAGUACUUCAUACUCCAGAAGCGGGUGGAUUAAAAGAAAUGAACGUUUCUUAUCCUCAAAACUACAACUUUUUAAGAAGACAAUCCGUAUCCGCCGAGUCGAUGAAUCCAAACUCGUUUAUGCAACUGCCUCGGCCGCAGGUUCCUUUGAAAAGCCCGGAAGAACUAGAACGUUUGAAGAAGGCGGUAGGCCACAAUUUCUUGUUUAAAAAUCUGGAUGAAGAACGAUAUUUGGAAGUUUUGAGUGCUAUGACGGAAAAGCAUAUUGGCGAAGCUGGUGUAGCACUGAUCGUACAGGGCGCUGUGGGAGAUUACUUUUAUGUUGUAGAAAAGGGUGAAUUUGACGUUUACAAACGAAAAGAACCAAACAUCUCAACAGAAGCAGUACUGGCCUCGGGUUAUGGUGAUCACGUUGCUACGAUAUCUCCAGGAGAAUACUUUGGCGAACUUGCAUUAAUGUACAACGCUCCUCGAGCAGCAACAGUUGUAUCCAAAACUCCUGACUGUACUUUUUACGCCUUAGAUCGAUCUAGCUUCCACCGUAUCGUUAUGGAAAAUGCUUUUCACCAACGUCGUAUGUAUGAGAGUCUGCUUGAAGAAGUACCUAUCUUGUCAAGCUUGGACAAAUACCAGCGUCAAAAAAUUGCAGAUGCUCUUCAAACGGUUGUUUUUCAGGCUGGGGAGGAAGUAAUUCACCAAGGAGAUAUUGGAAAUCAGUUUUAUUUAAUUGAAGAUGGUGAAGCAGAAGUAAUCAAGAAAGACAAGGGCACGGUAGUGACACUGACAAAAGGCGAUUAUUUUGGUGAAUUAGCGUUAAUCCACGAAACACAGCGAACUGCGACAGUGCGUGCAAAAUCUCGUUUGAAGUUGGCAACCUUUGACAAGCCUACUUUCAACCGGCUUUUGGGCAAUGCGAUUGACUUGAUGCGUCAACAACCGCGAGCAGAGUUGGAUUCUAAACAAGAAAGUCAACGGCAAUUGGAGUCUCAUCACGGAACUAGCAAGGUAUGAUUUGGACUUGAGAAGCAUAAUUUGAAACGAUGACUUAUUUUUCAACAAAUAAGUAAUAACGAUAUGACGCGUAAUAUCUUAAUUUAGGUAAUGCAGAUGGAUGCAUGUAUAUGCUAAAAGAGCGUGCUAUCUUCAUGAUUCGUAAUGAGCAUUUCAACAUGAUAUGGGUUUUGAUGAGAUUCCGCGACUGUCUUUAAAGGAUUUAAUAAUGAAAUUCGGGAACCCCUUCAAUUUUUGUAACUAACGAUUUUUUCAACAUUUUGGAUGAAGCCGUGAAUCAUCUCAAACUCUCCGUAGCAGUAUUUUUUUUAUUUUUUUUUAUUUUUUUCAGAUGGUAUAGAACGUUUGUUAUGAUUGACGGUUUGGAUGGUCAUUUACGGUUUCUAUUGUUCUUCUUUUUUCAAUUUAUUUCUCGUGAUAUUGCAUGGAAAAAAGCUAGGUGAUGCCAGUUUUGAAAGCAAUCAAUUUUCUAAUUUUUUUCAUUUCUUUUUCUUUCUUAAACUUGGGGUUUCUAUUUUAAGACUAAUUUUUUUUCUUUUUUCUUUUCUUUUCUCUUUUCUUUACUUAUUUCCUCUAUUUUUUUUAUACUACGCAUCUACGUCUGUCCAUAUUUCGACAGCAUCUCUUUAUUCUCACGUUUCUUUGACAUAGACACUCGAAUAUAGGAAAAUGAUAUUUUGGUUUUCACUCUGAAGAGCGUGCGUGUUGGUUGGUAAUAGAUUCGAGCAUAUGGAAAGAGAUGCGACUAUGGAUGAAACUCUUGAGAUUUUCCUUUGCUUUUCUUUUGUUCUGGUUUGGUUUCCAUAAUGAAAGAACGGACAAAUCCUGGAUCAUCGGUCUUUUGACAUUGGAUAUUGGAGGAGUUCAUCCAUCCAUCCAUUCGGAAAGUAUACUUGUGAAUGGAUAGAUGGAUGAGUUGAGAGAUGGGACGAAAUGAAAGCGGAAAGCGAAAGAGAGAGAGAGAGAGAGAGAGAGAGUUUCGUCUGUGUUAACUUACUGUGUGCGUUUGUUUGAAAUGAAUACAAAACAUGGUUGAAGAUGAAGUAACGAAAAGGAUAGCUCUCCUGAUAUGUCUUUUUUAUUCCUUCUUUCCUAUUUCCCUCAGUAUUCUACUUUUGUUUUUAUCUAUGUUUCUAUGAAUUCAAGUGGACGAUCUAAUGAUGGGUCUGAUUUACAGCUGAUGCUUUGCUGUAUAUGCUUAUACUAUGCUAUAGGAAUGAAAUAAAAAUUUUUGCAUCCAUAUAAGAGAAGAGUGUGUGUAAAAGGAAGAACGCUAGGAAGUUGUGCCAGAUGAAAAUUUCAAUACAACUACGUAAAGGGAAAGAAAAAGGAUGCAAUGAAGGAAAAAAAAUUGACUGGAGUGAAACAUCUUCGAAGUAAAGCAAAUGAUUUGUCAGUGCACAGAAACAAAAAUAGAAAAAGAAAGAAAGAAUAUGAACAAAUUUGUUGCUUUACAGUUAGAAAAGAAAAAAAAAAAGAAAAAAAAAAAGAGAGAAAAAAAAAGAAAAAAGAAGAAUUAAAUUAAUCAUGAAUGGGUAAAACUCAUGAUUUUAGUAAUCAUCUCGCGAGAAUGAAUCGAAUGUCGUCCAUUGGAACGAAGACAAUCUUUUUACGAUUAAUAACAAACAAAAAGAAGCGUUAGUAAAGAGGUUUUAGAAAUAUUGUAGUACAAGAGACCUAGAGCAUUUGUUUACGCAUCUGGAAUAAAAUUUUAGACACUCAGCAAUCACAAAAGCUACCUUCUGCCAUCC